AUGGCUCUGAAGAUUCUCACGGUCUCGUUUGGGACCAUUUUGAAGGGAGGGGCUCCAGUAUUUACGAUGAUGUGGGGCUUGCUGCUCGGGAUUGAGACCUUUUCCGUUCAUCUUUGCCUCUCCCUCUUUGUGAUCGCCCUCGGGAUCGCACUUGCUGCCUUCGGGCAGCACACGUUCGUGCUCACCGGUUUCAUUUUGCAGUUGCUCGCAACUGCUUUAGGGGGCUUGCGGUGGGCCAUGACGCACGGCCUGUUGAAAGGAACUCGCGAUGGCGAAUCUUCUCAGCGCAUGGCGCCCCUCACUGCCACGCUGUACACAUCACCUACUACGGCUCUCUGCGUCCUACCGGUUGCACUUUUGUUCGAAGGUAGUCAAGUGGCCACUAAGAUGACUACCAUCACAGCCAAUGAGUUUUGGAUAAUUUUCGGGAGUAUGCUGUUCGUCGGCACCUUGGUAUUCAUUCUCCUUAUGAGCGAAUACUGGCUUGUCAAUGCCACUUCCUCCCUCGCACUGAGUGUAGCGGGAGUUUUUAAAGAGCUUCUAACGAUAGCUGGCGGCAUCACGUUUUUCAAAGACGAUUUGACACUUCUGAAUACCAUCGGUUUCAGCAUUUGUCAGGCGGGGAUCGGCGCAUACAUGUGGCUGCGUUAUGAUCCGGACGAAACGACAAGAGUGAAUCAGGUCCCUGUUUCUGAACUUCCGCUUACCUACAACGAAGCAUCUGACGGUGAGGGGUACGAGAUGGGGGAGACAGAUCUGCAGGUAAUGGACCGCGUACCGCAGCCAGUUUUGGUAACAGUUCGACAGUGA